AUGUCGUCGUCGUCAUCGAAGAUUUUAGGAUACUUAUCAUCAUCAUUCACAUUUGAACGGUGGCGGCGAUCAACGACCAAUUUGAUAGGGUUACAGCUAAUGAGGUUCUGCAAUUCCAAAGUGGAUAUUCGUCUUCCAAAGUCGUUCUGCUUUGUCGCAUCAUCAUCUUCAGAAUCUUCUGGCGGCUCGAGUUAUGAGGUGUUCUUGAGCUUUAAUGGUAAAGACAUUUGCACCAAUUUCGCUGAUCAUCUCUAUAAUGCGUUGGUCGAUUCUGGAAUUAGAACUUUCAGAGACGACGAAGAACUCCAAAAGGGAAAUGAGAUUGGUUCGGCGCUAGUCACUGCAAUCCAGGAGUCGAGAAUUUCCAUUCCCAUUUUCUCGAUGAACUAUGGUGCAAGCAAAUGUUGUCUCAAUGAGUUAAUCGAGAUAUGUGAAUGCAGAAGAACAAUGAAACAGAUCGUUUUUCCCAUUUUCUAUAAAGUUGAACCAAGGGAUGUGCGAAACCAGAUCGGGGUAUAUGCUAAGGCCUUUGAGGAACACCAAAAGCGAUUCGAUGAGACAAAUCUGCAGAAGUGUAGAAAAAUUGUGGGGAUUCAUGGCCUUGGAGGAAUUGGAAAGACAACGAUUGCUAGGGCUGUCUACAAUACAAUCUUUCAUCACUUUGAAGGAUAUAGUUUUACUGAAAAUAUUCGAGAAAAUGCCCAAAAGUAUGGGCUUCCUCAUUUGCAAAAUCAACUUAUCUUUGAUAUAUUGAAACAAAAAAAUCAUAAUAUUACUAGUGUGGAUGAUGGAAUUGAUGUGCUUCAGCAAAGAUUUUGUAAGAAAAAAGUUCUUAUUGUUCUUGAUGAUGUGGAUCAAGAUAUUCAUUUGAAGUGUUUAGUUGGCGACUGUGAAUGGUUUGGUAUUAGAAGUAAGAUCAUUAUCACAAGCAGAAAUGAGGAUGUUUUAUGUGCUCAAGAAGCAUAUGAUAUUUACAAGCCCAAUGUUUUAGAUUUAGAUCAUUCUCUUCAACUUUUUAGCCAUCAUGCGUUUCGAAGGGACCAACCUCCAGAAGAUUAUUUGGAUCUCUCAAAAGCUAUGACAAAAACUACUGGAGGACUUCCCUUGGCUCUUCAAGUUACUGUUCAUCUUUAUUUUCUAUGA